CGCGGUCUCACAUCACAAUGUCGCAAAACGCCGAUCGCCCCUCACUAAACCCUACCGUCGAGGAGGAGGACGAAGAAAUCCAUACAGAGUCCCAUACUACCGAAACCACAGCUCCGCGCAGUCGAAUAUCAUGGCCGGAGGUGCGCGAAGAUCUCCCCGCGUGAAUGACGCACGAUAUCCAUCUUGUCGAGCCUGAUCGCUAAGGAGUGAAUUUCGUUGCAGAUCUGCGCCCAGCAUGAAUCCGUUCUGUCGUCACAUAUGGAAAUGUUGAAUGUGGUUCGAAAUAAUGUGCCUAGUGGUGACGCGUUGCAAAUGGUGUCGGGGAUGAUCGAGAAGACGAGUAGGUUGAUGACGCAGUUUCGGGUGGUGAAGAAACAAUUGAUUUCGAGUACGUAUUGUAAUAUGAACAAUGACUGUUACCGCUUCACCAAGGUAACCUUGUGACAGAACCAGGAAAUGUUGGAGAAUCAUCAGACAAAUCAACUGCUACAGCUAAUGAUUACCGGACCGCGUCUACGUCAUCUAGCCGUGAUUCGUCGAAACGACAACGCAGUCGUUCAAAAGAACGGAGGAAACGCUCCCGGGUGGAAUCGGACAGUAUGGAGGUGGAAAACGAAAGCACAGAUACCAUGCCUGUCGGAGCAGUGCAGUAUCAGAAGCGCAAGCGACUGGAUAUGAUGAUGCCGGGUGGGGACGAAGAUGUGAGGAAUGUGACGCCGGUGGCUCUGGAAACAGAGGACAUCUCCGAAGAAGUUCAACGUCGACUGGAAAUCAAAGAAGAACAGAGACGAAAAAGGAGCUCUAAGCCUGACAAGAGGAAACGGGACAGUAUGGCAUCCACAGGCAGCACGUCUUCUCCCGGUGGUAUUUCCAAACCGAAGAAAAGGACCAAAACAGAGAGUUUUCAGGACGGUACUAUUGACGUACCGUGGGAUACCGGCCGGAAGAAGAAAAUCCUGAAGCCGGUAGACUCUGAACAGGGGUCUGACGUCGCUUCUUUGGAAGAAAAACGAAGAACAAAGCGUCAGAAGCGCAAGUCGGGGACUCCUCCUAUCUUCUGAAACAUCAUCAGUUUCAAUACAAAAG